AUGAUUUCAGAACCAAUGAAGCACACUUCUCCAGAAGCACCUCCAGGAAAUUUUUUUUGUUCCAACUGUCAUAUUAUGCAAUUCAAAAUCAGAAUUCUUAAUGCCAAACUCGAUGAACUGAAAGCGAAAUAUGAAGCAUCCAUUAAUAGACAUACUUCUAACAUUUCUAAAAUUGCGCGCCAAAAUGCGAAGAUAGAUGCCAAAGAUGUGAUUAAUUGGAAGACUCGAUGUAAACAUCUCGAAAAAAAAAUCAAACAACUCAGAGAAAAUGCAAUCAAUGAGGGGAAUGCUUUGCUGUCGGAAAUCGAGGAAAAGGAAAAUGAGAAAGAUGAAUUGAAGGAACAAUUGCACAACGUUGAACACAGAAUUGCCGCUCAGAAUGCUGCGCUGCUGAAAAAUUGUAACGAAGGUAUAGAAUUAGAGGCCGUAAAGCAGGGUGUGGAGAAAAGAUUCAGGGAAAAACUCGAGAAACAAAAGAUAGAAGUGGAAAAUGCCUUAAGAAAGAAAGUUAUGGAGAAAAAGCGACAAUCCCAGUUAAAUACUUCUGAAAUUAUUCAUUAUGAAGCUAGACUCAAAAAAUCAUAUGAAGAAAAUACUGAGCUUUGUUAUCGUUGGCAAAGAGAUACUAAAUUACUCGAAGGCAUAAAAUUUGCUGCAAAGGAACCGAGAAACUUUCAAAGGUGCUUAGAAGAAAAGUUAGAUGCGCUUAUGAAGAAAUUUAGAAAUGAGACAAAAAAUUCGAAAACAAAAGUAAUGACGUACGUGGUGAAUAAUUUUGAAGCUGCAAUGAAAGUUAUCCUAAGUGAUGAGCCUAAUCUUUAUUACUUAAUUAAAUCAAACAAAGAUUUGGCUUUUGAAGGGAAUCAAGAAAUAAAUAAAUGGGAUUUUAAGAAAUUUAUUUCGAAAAUUAAUUUUCUAUUGGAGAAGUUCUAUCAAAAGCAAGAAGACGAGCUGGCUAACAACACUUCGCAAAUCAUUAACCGUGUGGAAAAGAUGAAACAGAUAAUGAAACGUGCGAAUGACUCAAAUAAUAUUCUUACAAUGAAUGAGUUUAUGUACAGAAUUUCCCGAAAUAUGCUGAAAGAACUGAAAGAUAUGCAUGACAAAUUCGAAAUACUAAAUAAAAGAAUCAACGGAAUGUGUCAGAAAAUCGAAUCAAAAAAUGAUGAGCAAGAGGAAUUGAAAAAACUGAUUGGAGAAGAAAACAAAUUAAUAAAGGCUUGUCAAAAGAUUGACCACGAACAACAGGAACUUGAAUUAAAGCUGAAUAGAGCAGAGCUGAAAUAUGAGCGGUUAUGUAGACAGAUCUAUAUCAAUUCAAAGAGUGAUACAAUACUAGAAGGCUCAUCUAGGGAAAAUAUCCCAAACUUGUCGAACGUUGAGGGCUAA